UCCUAAAUAUGCACAAGCGAGUGGACAACUAAAUUUCUCACACUUUUGCAGAGCUAGACUUUGGACACCAAAUUCAUUAUUUUUUUAUUAUUUUUUUUAUUUUAUUUUUUUCAGCGAAAUCAUGUCGGAAAGUAUUGUGAGGAAAACGCAGCCGUUUACAAUUGGGACUAAACUUUCAGCGCCACCCGCGCCGCAGUGCUCGGGCUUCCCAGAUGGUUAUUUGUCAAAUCGGACGUUCACGGACAACUGUCAACUCCGGCACCUGAACGAACAGGUGUCUCUGUAUCUCGGUCGGUCUCAGGUGUGCGACAGGCGCCGUGGAUCUCCAACAAGCCCGGUGACCCCCGUGAAGCAUCACCUGGAACACCUGAACAGAAACACUGUUUCUCCGAACGCAGCGUCCAGAUCUAUUCGCAAGAUCACUUUAUCGAGCGGCGUGGAUGCCAGACUGACUCCAAGGAUGGAGCUGAAGAAAAUUAGCCCGAACUCAGAGAAUAUAAACAACAAUAAUAACAUCACUGCUAACACACAGCUGCCAAAAAUUGUCGGAGUGAGCUGCGAGAAUAAACCAAAGUCACAUUUUAAGGUGUUGCUGUGCAAAGAUGGUGAAAAGCAGUGCAGUGGUGACCAAGAGAAAUUCUCUGCCUCUUUACAGACCCAGUUUUUUAAAACACAAACAACAAGAAAUGAUGUGCCAAAGUUGGACAGUCCACCCUGUGAGCACAAGGACACGUGUGUGGUUUCAAAAGCUUCAUCUGCACAGAAUGACCACAGUUUCGUCCAACAAAACGCCCUCUUCAACAAAGAGAUCACUCAGGCUGAGGCGUGGAUCAGAGCGAAGUUACGAGACCUGAGAGAUGACAGUAAUAUCCAGAGAUGUCCUCUGAUGGACUGGGAUGAAGUGUGUCAAACCCUGCAGAGAGAUUUGAAGGACUUUGAGAACAAUAUUAUACAACUUAACCUGAUGGGCGAGCAGCUAAUGUGCAACUUUAACCCGACCUCUGACCUGGUGAAGAAACAGCUGGCUCAACUUCAUGACCAAUGGAGCACACUUAAACAGACGAUAGCCAUUCAAAUAACAGCGAUGGGCGGAGCUAAGAGUCUCCAGGAGUUUAAUAAGAAGGUGGACCGUCUAGAAGCCUGGAUCCAAGAGAAGGAAGAGGAACAAUCACUGGCCAACAUCCUUGGGGAAAACAUUGACAAGAUGCAGCUGACCAGGAAGAUCCUCGAUUUAAAACAGGAUGAGCAGCUGUAUCGUAAUCUACAUGAGGAGAUCAAUCAUAUGGCCAUCAGACUGGAGAAACAGGGGAGGACAGAGGGAAAGAGCAUCUCGACCCGCAGAAAACAUGUCAACAAAAUGUGGCAGAAGGCGCAAUCUCACUCGAGGGACUAUCAUGAGAAUCUUCUACUCGCUCUGGAAGUCUCGUCCUUCUUUCAGCAAGCAGAUAAUGUUGUCUGUUCCAUUAAUAACAUGAGAAAAGGCUUCUCUCUAUCCAGUGGUGUGGAAACCAGCCGAGACGGAGAGAUUCGGGACAUUGCCAGUCAAAUCAUGAUGUUGGAUGUGACCGUAUCUCAGCUGUCGAACCUGCACCCAGCAUUAGCGUCGAGGGUCACGCAGAAGCAAAGUGAGGUGAAAGACUGCUGGAGUCUCCUCCAGAAUGCUGUCAGGAACGAAAAGGCAACUCAACGGCCCUCCGCCCCCUUGUUAACCAAGGAAGGCAGUGACCCCGAAACCCAAAGCCAAGAGCUGCCCGGCAGCGUGGGAACAGACCAAGGGAGAAUUAUGGGAAAGGAGGUGAAGGAGGAACAGAAUCGUCUGAAGGGGUUUACGGGUGGGAGAGACUGUGAGCGCUACGGUAAACCAUCAGACGGCCAAGAUGACAUGCAGCAAUGUGCAGCAGAGAACCCAGCACGCGUCUGUGCCAGCGAUUUCAUCGUCAGACUCCAAACAGCAUCUGAAAGUGGGAACCCAUCGGGGCCCGAGUCCAGGGGCCACCCAGCGCUCCACACGCAACUCCAGAAAUUCACAGUGUCUGCAGACAAGACUCUGUCCUGGCUCAAAGACAGUGUUACCAUGGCCACUCAAAUCUGCAGCUUGUCCGGGCCGAAGGGUUUUGAAGCAGCCAAGAGAUGUCAGGCCACAUUGGAGCGGGACAUCCUGUCCAACAGAGAGAGAAUAGAACUGGUCAAGAGGGAGGGUCACAGUCUGGUUCGAGCUCAACACCCGGGCAGCACAAAGAUCCAGGAGUUUCUGAGUCAGCUGGAGGUUUUGUGGGAGGAGCUGAAGAGAAGACAUCAGAGGAACGGACUGGUGCUGCAGGUCUCAGAGGAGCUCAACUGCAGGGUGGUACGGGUGCUGCAGUCUUUGUGCAGUCUGGAGGCGUGGUUGGAGGCUGUGGAGUUGUCCAUUAGACAGGCGUCUCUAGCAGGUGACCCAGAGUCUGUGAGCAUGGCUGAGCAGGAGAGCUGUCAGCUGGAGAGAGAACUGCAGGACAGAGGUCUGGAACUGCAGAACCUCAGACAGGAAGUGCAUCAUCUGAGCACUCAAAGACACCUGCACACUCAGCUGCUACCUGCACGCCUCAAAGAUGUUGAGGAAAAGUUCAGCAGUGUGCAGGCAGCACUGACCCAGCAGAGCUCUGAACUGAAGGACACUCGUAUGCUCACAGAGUUCCUGGAGAAGGUGGAACUGGAGGAGAGCAACUGCAGCACCCUUGGAGAGCCCCUGUGUGGAGAUCUUGACUCGGGACCUUCUCUUCUGGGCUUACCCGGGAAUGGACACGAUGAACCCCUGAUGGAGAGCAUUGGAAACCCUGUGGAGGAGCUCCGAGAAGCUGUGGAGAUGCUGAAUGACACAGCGAGGGAGAGAGGCCGCUCGCAGUCACAUGACCAGAGCAUCCAGGAACUCCUCAGCAGGCAUUCCUUGUUGUCCGUACGGGUGGAGCAGUGUCUGCAGCGUUGCACGGAACUCACCAAAGACGUGCUGGAGAUGGAAAGUGAGAUGGCCGUCAGAUGCGAGCCGGAUCGCUGCGGACUGGAUAGACUGCAGGAGCACCAGGACAAGCUGGAGGCAGAAUACAAGGUGUUGAAGGUGGAGAUGGAGGCUGUGGAGAAUCUGGCUGGUCGUUUGACAGAUGUGUGUCCAGAGAGAAUGCACAGAGUACGGACUGACAUACAGAGCAGCAUGAACGGCUGGCAAGAGCUCAACAAGAGUGUGGCUGAAAACAGGAGGAGACUUUUGCAGUUUGACCAGCUGCGGCAGUUCUUCAGAAACUACCUGGCAAUGAUCUCUUGGACAGAAGACACCCGCUCGUGUAUUUUCUCAGAAAGUGCUCUGCGCCAGAGCCGAGAGAAUCAGGAACCAUUGGUUGAGGUUCUGGAUCGGCAGAUAGAACAGAAGUUUGAGGAGUUUGAUCAACUCACUGUCACUGGAAAGAAGCUCUUUGAUGACAAACACCACCUGAACAAAAUGAUCCAAGAGAGGAUGGAAGAGCUCAGAAGCAUGCUGGGAUGGAUCCUGGUCCAUUGGAGGGCUCAGAAGGAUCAGCUGUUGACCAGACAGAGAGCUGAAGAAGCCCACACAGAUGCCAUUUAUUCAGAAGCUUCAGUAUGUACAGUGCAGCCACAGCUGGAAACCUCGCCAGAAGACUCUCGGAAGAAAUUAGAGAGCUUAAGUGCACUUCCUGCUGACCUGGAGGAUACUUUACAGCACAGCGAUGGAUAUGAGGUGAUGAUGAGCGUCAGUCCAAGAGGAAGUGAUGUCAGCAGUAACAUAGAGAGGCCUGAUUCACCCUACCUGAUGCUGAAGGAACCCAGUUCUCCGACUCUAGGGGGUACUGUUAACCUCAUCCUCAGCUUCGGUAACUCUGGAGACACACAAGUCCAGGUACAGGAGCCUGGCAGGAAGGGUGGCAUACCGGUGCCAGAGCCUGUGCACAGGCUCGCUGAGUCUCACUCUUCUGCCUGUAAAAGCUAUUGGAAACGCUGCCAGGGGCUUUUUGGUAGUUUAAAGCGAAAGAAAAAGAUUUAUCGACACAGUGCAGAAGAGGUAAGUACUUACUUGCAUGUUACGGAAAACAACACCGCAAUAGCCCCAGUCUAUGAGAGUAUGACGCUGCCCAGAAGUAAAACCCAGUGGCCCUCCUCCUCCUCCUCUCCCAGGACCUCCCCAUACACUUUUUCCUCCCCCUGUAACUCCCCAAACUCCUCGUCCUGCAAUGAAGAAGCCCUCAAGCAGGCCAACAAUUCCCUUCACCUGCUUCCAAAGAGUGGCAACAUCUCAAUCUUCAGCAGCAUGAAGAGGAAGAAAAAGAAAAAGAAAGAUGACCGUAGGCACACCAUUCAGAAGAUCAUGGGAGAAGAGCCAUCAGAGGAGGCCAAAUUGUCACCUGUAUAUGAACCAGUGACAUACAAUACACACACUUGGCCUCUGAAGAAAAGGAAGAAGGGAAAAAAUGCAAGGAAACCAAAGAGUGAUGGGAUCCAGGUCUUGGACUACAUGAAGAACCCUUUGGUGCAAGACAUAGAAGCAGAAUGUUCUCAAGAGGUUGGAGCUCCAGCAGAACACCUCAAAAUUACCACCCAAGAAAAUGUGAAGAACCACUGCAGGUUCCUCUCCUUGGGGUCGGUCUUAAGCUUCGAACUGCCCAAGGAAAUGAGCCUCAUUCCUAGCAUUCAAGAUGUCAUUACAAUUGGACCUGCCAAGCCAAAGACAGAUCCUCAUCACCAGGACUCUCAUGCCGAGCGUCCAACAGCUCUGUGCACCUUCAAAUUAGCCCGUUCACCCCCAAUGCAAAAAGACGAGGCCAAGCACACAUCUCCAGGUGAAAUCACCCUUAGGAUUGACUGUAAAGAUGCUAAAAACAUCAGCGUUGAAACUCUCUCAUUUACUGAAGAAAAAUUUCCUCCUCCACCUUCUCCAGUCAUUGAAGACAUCUCCUUAACUUCUCCAGUCAUUGAAGACAUCACCUUUGACAGGAACCACACCUCUUUAUCCAGUGAUCUGAUUGAUGUCCAGAUGAAACAUAUCUCUGGGAUCAGUAGACUUCCCAAAGAAGAAGAGAGUAAUUUGGAAACAAUGCCAACUCAACUUGACCACAAAGAGGACCACAAUGUAAGUCCUCCAGAACAUACAGGCCAAGGCAUAGCCAACCACAGUCACAGCUCAGCUACAGCAGAGAUUCAUGUCCUAUGUCCCAGUGUCCAUACUUUGAUUCACAAUCUUAAUGGACACGUUUUCCACAAGCCAGCCAAGACCUCAAGCUCUCAACCAUUGAGAGACAGUCCCAACCCACCUCAGAACCAUGCAUCUAACAUAGUUCUGAACUUUAGAGCCAAUGGAAGGGAUGACUCUGUAGACUCUGGGCACUCGAGCUCUGGAAGCUUCAAGCUAUGUGCCGAGGGUCCAUUCCUGGAAACCUCAGAGUGUCCAAUGUCCAAGAGGACAAUGGUGAAGGUGCCAUCACUUGAGGCCGAAGUCUCCAACAAGAAUUUAGAGUGCUCCAUGCAAAAGAACCUUGCGUUAGCCAUUGAUGAUACUGUCCACCCUGACCACCAACAGUUUGAGCAAGAAGAGGAGGAGCUGGAGGAUAUCUGGAACCACACCAACAGCUACCGACAGAGUGUAUGUUCAGACAUAAUGUAUAACGGCUAUCAGACUUUGCCAGCAAGCUCCUCUCCAGACCAGGAUAGGGAAUCCUUGCCCAAGGAACAAGCUGUGCUCUUCAGGAAGUUGAUUACUGCCUCUGCACCUGAUCUUCUGCUGGCAGAGUUCAGAUUGCCAUCAUCUAUCCAGAAUUUUGUAGGUUGUGGGAAGCAGCAGGAUGCAAGGGAAGAAGCUUAUGUUCUGGGCAAUGGGGAUAGAAGGUCUUGGGCUGCAUUAACUCAACAAGAACAGGUUUACAAACAGGUGUCUGUUAAUGAAACAGCUUCAGAUCCUGUUAAACUGCCAGAAAUAGAGGACCAGAAAAAGUAUGUCUACCAUUAUAGAGAGGAGGAGGAAGAUGAGGAGAAGGAAACAGGGUAUCUGGAGGACCCGUCUAUGAGCCUCCUGUCAGUUCAUAUGGGUUUGGAGACGGAUGACUCUGAUAUCCAGAGUGUGAGGCAAGACCUGCCAUCUAUGGAAGGUACACUGGAGAGGAAACAUAAACUACAGCUUGGGGGAAAGAAAGCCCUGUGCAGAACAUGGAACUCUUACCAUGCCGUCUUGUACAAACAAACAAUGUGUUUCUAUGAAGACCGGAAAGAUACACUAAGGAGCUGUGCGACCAGCCUGCCUUUGAAUCUAAUCGGAGCAGUAUGUGAGCCAUCACCAGAGUACACUAAAAAACCCAACUGCUUCUGCUUGAGAUUGCGUGACAAAUCCGAGUAUCUUCUAAGUGCCUCCUCGCGAUUUAUGAUGAAGAAAUGGAUCCUUAGAAUCCAAGCACACACUGUGUCUUAUGAAUCUGGAGUAAAUAGAUCAACAUGUCACAGGCCCUCAGCACAAACAAAUCUCCCCAGACAUUCCCCAUCUAUCAGAGUCUGUCAGUGUGCAGAUAAAUGUCUCUGCUCCAUGAGAAAUUAUGUCAGCUCCACCGUUUUAGCACAGAGUCAGUCUGCCUCAGGAAGAACCAAAGAAAUCAUCGUCCACACCACUGACGGUUUACCGAUAGAUAGGAGGCAUCAGGACCUGGUGCUCACCUCAUCCUCCGGUGCAGGCCAUUGUGAGGAUGAGUUUGACUCUCAUGGUGAAUCUCUGAGACACAAGCUGUCCGCUGUGUCCUCCAUUCAGGGUUGGACCAGUGAAAAGAGACGCUCGCACUCCUUUACCUCAGCCACAUACCAGAGGAUAAAGCCUGUAUUAGCGCCACCUACAGGCAGAGGUCAGGACAACAGCUCCAGUUAUUCUGUCACUUUAUUCAUUGGAGAUCGAGAGGCGACAUCAGUCUGUACAAACACUGUGAUGGCUCAGACAAACGGCGACAGCCAGGAGUCGAUCUCUGAGCUUCCUCUACGGAGCUACAUGAGCCUCCCGCGACCACGGAACAAAUCCGUCUUUAGGAAGUUUUUUGGGAAAAAGGAGUGACUGAUGCUGCAAGAGAAACACUGACUGUCAUGUGCAGGACACAAGUUUGAAGCUUCUUAAAAAGCUUUUUUCUUAUAUUUAUGGAUCAGAUGGCAAGAACCAUUUUUUAUAGUUUUAAAUGAGAAAUCGUAUUUCUGUGUUGCUGAAAGUUUUGUAAAGUUCAGCGCUUCAACUUUAAUUCUCACUUUGUCAGCAUUUUUUAUAUUGGGCUCCCAAUAAUAAAAGAUUCUGUCAUCGUUUGCUGGCGCUCAUGAUGUUCUGUAUGAUUUUCUGUCUUCUGUAGAACACACAAGGAGAUGUAAGGCAGAAUUGUAGUCUCAGUCACCAUUUACUUUCAUUGUGUGGGAAAAAAAAGGUGCAAUGGAAAUGUUUUUUGCUUAACAUCUCUUUGUGCGUUCUACAGAAGAAAAAAAGUUAUACAGGUUUGGACCAACAUGAGUAAACAACAUAAAUAUCAUUUUUUUGAAGGACUAUCCCAUUAAUCUCGACAUUUUCCCAUGCUGAAAUGGCUUGGCAGAAACUGUAAGCUUGUGAAUGAGUAAGGGUUGUUGUGGCAGGUUGACAGCCGUAAUGUACUGCAGUAAUUCAUCUACUGAUAAGAGACUUUUGAUACCUAAUACGUUCAACGUUCCCACCAAAUUCCUUUUGAGGUGGUCCACUCUGUUUUAAUGUAUGUGUUGAUGCUUUUCCGUUUUUGCCGUGGAUUGUUGUGUAUGUUGAUGAUUAGCUUGGCAAUUUCAAUAUGUUUAUCAUUUUAUUUUUUCACAUAUUAUUUGUCAUGUUUUCUAGCGUUGAUCUUUGGUUACUGCCAGAAGCUUAAAGGGAUAGUUCACCCAAAAAAGAAAAUUCCAUCAUCUUUUACUCACCCUAUUGUCGUUUUUGGGUUAACUGUUUCUUAAAGGAAUGUUCCGGGUUCAGUACACAUUAAGCUCAAUUAACAGAUGUCAAAAGUCAUUUUGACUCACCCCACUUUAAUUUACAAAAGAGCACAAAUCUGGGUUACAGUGAGGCACUUGCAAUGGAAGUCAAUGGAGGCCAAUCAGUAAACAUUUAAAUACUCACUGUUUCAAAAGUAUAGCCAGAAGACAUAAACAAUACGUGUGUUAACAUGAUUUUACUGUGAUAAAAUAGCUAAAUAACAUUUCUGUGUAAAGUUAUAGCCCAUUUUACAACUUCGUUGUCAUGGCAACUGGGGUAUUAGCUAUAACUUGAUGCAGAUAUGGUAAGCAAGGAAUUCUGUUGCACUAAAAUCAUGUUAACAUGUAUAACGUUUACAGUAUGUGACUAUACUUUUGUAAUGAUGUAUAUAAUAGCUUGUUUGUCUGGGCCUCAUUGAGUUACAUUGUAAAUGCAUUGCUAUAACCACUUUUUUUUUUAAUGAACAAGAGUCAAAAUGAUUUUAGUGUGUGUGUGUGUGUGUGUGUGUGUGUGUGUGCGUGUUAAUCAACAUUACUCCACAAAUGCUGUUUGAUCGAGCUUAACUUGUAUUGAACCCACAAUAUCCAUUAAAACAAGCGUGUUUCCAGACUCCAUAUGAUUCAUACUUCACUGACUAAUUGUAGCGUUGCUUUCUGUAUUUAAACUAAUGCAGUGUGUCAUGUGAGUUUCAUCUUUUUUUCUUUUUCUUUUUUUUUUUUAGCUUUUGUACUGAAAUAAUGCUUUCAGACCUAACCUGAAUGUUUAUUACAGUUUUUCCACGCAAUUUCAAACAUAAUACAAAGUAUUUCACAAUGGAAAACAUUUUAGGACUACGAUGAUACAUUUGGUUUGUGGGGAAAAAAAGUAGCUGUAUUGUGCAUUAAGAAAAUAAUGUCAAGCUUAUUACGGCAGUUUGAAAUGGCUGUUGACUGUUGCAGAAAAAUGCAAAUGAGCACAUUGAAUAUUUGCAUUAUGGCAUUUUGGUUACAUAACAUCAGACAUGCCAAAGCAGAUAUACUGCACUGGUUAUGGUGCCAUAUUAUUGAGCAAUACUUGUUUGUACUAUGGCUGGGCAACAUAGCUUAAAAAGUU